UCACCCACUGACCGGUUGAUUCCUACGGUUCUUCACAGGCUCACAGCCGGAGCGAGGUCGCCGGCGCUUGUCCAGUCCACGCCCAUGGCGACUCCCGCCACGAGCCGUUUCCACCGCCACCUCCUCCCCGCCCUUCCGUCCCGCCCCCCUCGCGCCCCGUCCUCCUCACUCCCCUCAGUUCAGGGACCCAGACGCCGGCCGCCUGCCUCUCCCUCUCGGCUCUACUGCUCGUCGCCGCCGGUGGAAGCGCCGCCGUCCGGCAAGGGCGGGGAUUACCGGCCCUCCUUCGCCGACGACCUCCUACUCGCCUUCUUCCGGGCCAAGAUGGUGGAGGAGGUUGGGUGGGAUUCUCAAAAGCCUGGAUACGAAGGGCUGAUCGAAGUUGCGAAUCGACUCAUGAUCAAGGGGAAGAGUGCUUCGGAGACUGAGCAAUCAGCUGUCCGAGUACUCCAGGCACUGUUCCCCCCUCUGUUGCUGGUCCUUUUCAAAGCUCUUUUAGCACCGAUUGCUAAUGGCCAACUUGCAUCCAUGAUGGUAGCUAGAGCAACAGCGCUUUCGUGCCAAUGGCUGAUGGGCACAAGUUCAGUGAAUUCUGUGACACUGCCCAGUGGGAAGUCGUUGUCAAGUGGGGUGUUUGUCGAGAAGUGUAAAUAUUUGGAAGAGAGCAAAUGUCUUGGCAUUUGUAUCAACACGUGCAAACUGCCAACUCAGACCUUCUUCAAGGACCACAUGGGUGUCGAUCUGUAUAUGGAACCAAAUUUUGAAGACUAUAGCUGCCAGUUCAACUUUGGAGUGCCACCCCCACCUAUCGACACCGACAAGGCCCUGAAGGAACCUUGCUUGGACAUAUGCACAAGUGCGAGACGGCGCAGAGAGCUUGGCAGCAGCGGCAGCCCAGAUGGUCUAUGCCCCCAAGUUUGAUCUGCUGUUUCCCCAAGUAUGUAGUAUUAUUCAGGGAUGAUGCUGCCCCUGCUUCAUCAGGGGCUAUACUAGACUCCAGUGAUUUGUAUGCAUUCCCUAACUGAACUGUAUAGUGUGAUAUGCACAAAUGGUGCGUAUGUAUGCUAUAAUUGGGAAUGUGGGAUGUGUGUUGAGUAUAUUUGAAAGCACAAUUGCUCCCUCAGAUGAUUUUGAUAAUUGAUCACAACAUAUGCAUCGUUGGACUAA